CAUAAGUAGUGGUCACUAUAAGGUUCCACAAACUCAUUCACAAAUCAGUUACGAAAGUUUCUAAAUCGAAAGAACACUCUCUCAGUCGCAGUCUUGCUUCUCUCCGACUAGACGAAAAUGAUCGAGUUAAAAUCCGAAGAACAGAGCCAACUACAGCUUGUUGAAAGAGAAGAGUUCAAUGAGGAUGAGGAGUUGUUUGAAGUUAUCGAUAAACUAAUUGCUCAAGGAAUCAAUGCCGGAGACAUUAAGAAGCUUCAAGAUGCUGGGAUCUACACCUGCAAUGGUUUGAUGAUGCAUACGAAGAAGAGCUUGACAGGGAUAAAAGGAUUAUCUGAGGCGAAAGUGGAUAAGAUCUGUGAAGCUGCUGAAAAGAUAGUGAAUUACGGUUAUGUAACUGGAAGUGAUGUUCUGCUCAGAAGGAAGUCCGUGGUUAAGAUCACGACGGGAAGCCAGGCCCUUGAUGACCUCUUAGGGGGUGGAAUUGAAACUCUAGCGAUAACAGAAGCAUUCGGGGAAUUCCGGUCUGGGAAAACUCAGCUCGCACAUACUCUAUGCGUCUCCACACAGCUUCCUAUCAACAUGCGUGGUGGGAACGGGAAGGUUGCUUACAUUGACACUGAAGGAACUUUUCGUCCAGAUCGAAUUGUACCAAUUGCUGAGAGGUUUGGCAUGGAUGCAGGGGCAGUCCUUGACAAUAUUAUCUAUGCACGUGCUUACACAUAUGAGCAUCAAUACAACUUGCUGCUUGGUCUGGCAGCUAAAAUGUCUGAAGAGCCAUUCAGACUUCUGAUAGUUGACUCAGUUAUUGCUCUCUUUCGAGUUGAUUUUACCGGAAGAGGCGAGCUUGCUGAUCGCCAGCAAAAGCUGGCACAGAUGCUCUCCCGUAUGACAAAGAUAGCUGAGGAAUUCAAUGUUGCGGUAUAUAUGACCAACCAAGUUAUUGCUGACCCGGGUGGAGGAAUGUUCAUAUCAGACCCAAAGAAACCAGCAGGAGGACAUGUGCUCGCCCAUGCUGCUACGGUUAGAUUGAUGUUUAGGAAGGGCAAAGGGGAACAGAGAGUCUGCAAAGUGUUUGAUGCUCCUAAUCUGCCUGAGGCUGAAGCCGUUUUUCAGAUAACACCAGGAGGCAUUGCAGAUGCAAAGGACUGAAGCUUGAGUUUCUUACUUUUCUGUCAUUAUGUAGCACAGAUGAAUCGGCAAAAUAUGGGUUGUUUUUGUUUUCUGUGUAUAUUUUACUGGAUUUGCGUUUGGUAUGAUAUAUUUUACUGGAAUCGGUGCAUUUAAGUUGUAGAAGUUUUGGUUGUAGCUGCUUUGGCAGUAGAUAUGCACGCUGAUAUUCUAAGUAAGCAUAUAGUUUCUAA